AAUUCAGCAGAAACGAGCGUGCAGAAGCAAGCUAGCUACUAGCUGCGAGCCAGAGAGUAGUAAGAAUAGAAAGAGAGAGAGAGAAAUAAAUUUUAUUUGUGGUUUAAUCUGCUCUGUUAUCUUUGGGAGGAUAAAAAACUGUCUUACUUUGCUAAUGUAGCGAUGAUUUUUAUCUGCCAUGAUCAACUUCCCUUCAAAGUGGUUGUGUGAGAUGCAGAUAACCUUUCACAUUUUAAGCAAAGCUAUGAGACCAUUGUCAACAAACCGAGGACCACUUCACUCUGAGGCACUGGAUAAAAAAUAUACUAACCUACUAUUAAGGCUGAAUGAUGAUUUGACAAAAUCUGAUCUUAGAGAUUUGAGAUACCUUUGUCACAUAUCAGCUGGCCAAGCUGAAAGAAUUGAUAGUGGUUUAAAACUAUUUCAGUUGUUCGAGAGCGAAGGGGAUUUGAGCAAGACCAAUAUAUCUGCCUUGUAUGAUUUAUUUGAAGCAAUAUCACGAAAGGAUUUGAUACGAAGACUUGACGAAUACAGGCAUGAACUUCAAAAAAUUGUCGAACAGGAACAAUAUGAAGAGGGACGAAAAGUCCUCCGCACUACUUCAACUUCACCACGUGAACCACCCUCACCAACAAUUGACCGUAAUAAAAAUUCAUCACCCACAUUGAUACCUCCUGCUUACUAUCAAUCAAGUAAAGAACCCUGUGAAAGUUUAGAUCAAUAUGACGACAAUUAUUAUGACAAUGUGGAACUGACAGGUGGCAGAAGUACUAUAUCGGAAUGCGGUUCUUCAAUGCCGUCAUACAGUAGUAUUGACGACGACUAUGAUAAUAUAAGGAAUCAAUUCUCACGUGUUGGGUUUCAAGUUACAGAACAUAUAUCAGAUACGAACAGCAUAGACCCUAGCUCUUCAGCGUAUGCGCUGCCUGCAGGGCCAGAAAUUGAAUGUUACAAGAUGUCCAGCAAGCCAAGGGGAUUAUGCAUAAUUUUAAGCAAUCAAGACUUUUCUCUUGCUCGAAAAAACGGGAUUAUUCUACAGGAUAGACCAGGAACCAGAAAAGAUGAAAUAAAUUUGGAAGAAACUUUUACUAAGCUGCUGUAUACUGUGAAACUAUAUAAAGAUUUGACUGCAAUGGAGCUGUGGAUGACCAUUGAUAAAUAUGCUAGAGAAAAUCAUUCGAAGUAUGACAGCUUUGUUUGUUGUAUUAUGACGCAUGGUUGUUUAAAUGGAGUUUACGGUAUUGAUGGCAAACCUAUUAAAGUAUAUAAUAUUAUUUCUCAAUUCAAUGGUCUUGCGUCACCAACUUUAAGUUUGAAACCCAAAGUUUUCUUUUUUCAAGCGUGCCGUGGAGAUAAUAUUGAUGUGGGAUAUGAAAGGGACGAGUAUGGGCAAGAUGUGAAAAAGAAUUUUAUGUCUGCAGACAUGGAUGAGUUUCAAAAACACAAGUCCCCAACGGAAUGUGAUUAUUUUGUUGGCCAUGCUACCCCUCCGGGUUACACAGCUUGGAUACAUCCAGUGGAUGGAUCGUGGUACAUUAAUGCGCUUUGUUGUGCUCUUACCAGCUAUGCUAGAACGUACGAUAUCCAUCAAGUUUGCACGAAAGUAAACGAUAUUGUCUCGAAACUUUAUACUAACGAUGGAUGUACACAAAUAUCAGAAACGUCUCAUACGUUAACCAAAUUGUUGUAUUUUUUUCCAGAAGAUACGAACAGAACGUAUAAUUUUAGCUAGAAAACGAAUGAACAGUUUGGAGUUGUGUGAACAAAUCGUUGUUGUUUCUCUUCUAGAUUUUCAAUUAUUUUAAUUUCAUUGUUAAUAGUUCUUAUUUAUUCGCCUUUUGUAACAAAUAAAUUUUCUUAAUUAUUUUAAAUUUACUUUGAAUAAGGUACUCCCUACAAAAUAAUACCUUGCUUGGUCCUUGGCUGAUACUAACGGACAUAAUCUUAAAUCGAAGUUUAAAAAAACAGAUGUUAUAUAUUAAGUUUGAGACCUUAAAAGUAAAUGUUUUUUCGCUCAAACAGUUGUGAACGAUAGUGGAUUGGAUACAGUAGUGGUCUGUACAAUAUUUUGAAUAUAUACAAAGAAUAUAACUUAACUAUUAAAGAUUUACUGUAAAUAAAUUUUAUAUUCAAAUGUAUAUCAAAGUAAUAUGUAGCCAAUAAGAAACUCUCUCACGGUU